CUGAGUACCUGGCAGCCAUGUUCGGUGGAAGUCGGAGCGGUGUGUUCAGCCUCACCAAGGCUUUCCUCAAUCCCUCCCUCCCUACCCGCUCAGCUCCGCUCAAACCCAGCCGUCUUUGCUUCCCGUAUGCACGAAGAUCUUCUCAGGCUAACAGUAACGAGUCGGAUUACGGAGACGUGAGAGAGGGUGAGGAUGCCGUAAAGACGAGGAAGGCCUUCCAGAAAGCAAAGGACUCGAUGCAGGAGUAUUUGAAAGAGGCUAAGGAGAAAGCCGAGGAGGCAAAGGAGGAAACCGGUUCAGUGGCGGCGAAGGCGAAGGAGACGGCGGAGCAGGGAACUAGCACCACGACGGAGAAGUCAAAGGCGACCGCCAAUGCAGCGCGCGAGAAGGCAUCCGGUGCUGCCGAGAAGACGAAGGAGACGGCCGAGACGGCCAAGGAGAGGGCCAAGUCGGUGGGAGAGAGAGCCAAGGAAAGGGCGGAGGAAGGAGUGGAGAGGGCACAGAGCAUACGAGAGAGAGCGAAGCAGACGAUGCAGGAGGCGUGGGAGGCGGCCAAAGAGACGACACAUAAGAUCAAGGAGACCGUGGUCGGCAAAGACCAGGACACGCCCAAGGAUGCAGGGAAUGGUGGGACGAAGGAAAACGUCAGGGUGGCAAGGGAAUCCGCGGAAGACGAUGCGAGGAAGCAUGGAAGAGAUGAGUUGAAAGAUUAGCUUAAGGUUUCGACGGCAUUCCUUCUGUGUUUCGGUGUAAUUAACAGAGCUUGUUCUGCUAAUAUGGCUGUCGUGGAAGUUGUCUCAAAAGGCAUAUUAAAAUGA